GCCGUACUUUUUUCUUUUUAUUCCUUUUGUUUUAACGGAGAAAGAGGAGGAAACCCGGGAGAACGAAGGCUAUCGUCCCACUGUAUUACGAUAUACCUCUCUGUCUCGCGCGAAGAAUUGGAUCUGUAAAUCGAAGAACAUUUUGAGUUCCGGAUUCCUUGCGCACUUUCGCGAUCGGAGAUCCAGUUGCAGGAGCUUGGAAAAAUUAGUUGAAGAAAAUCUGAAAUCGUUAGGUCCAAAUUUUAGCUUUCGAUAUUUAUAUAUCUCUUUGGAGUUCUCAGAUUUAUUUGACGGGAAUCUAUAUGAGCUGAAUGCGGUUUACUGUUCCCAGAGAUUCUUCCAAUGCUUGUGGAAUUCUUAAGAUCAUGCCAAAGGUUUUCAUGGCGGAACUCUAGUUAAGAUGCCUUUGGAGUUGGAAAUUAGUUCAUAUAACCGUGAAGAUAACACUAGAAGUUCAAAAUUCUCACCGUAGAGCUGCGGAGAGUUUCGGCACUCUCAAAGCGGAUCUUAUUUAGGCCUUAGGAAAAUCUUGUUCGAGAUCUGUUCUUAGAAGUUAGAACUGGAGAAGUAUACAAAUUCUUGGUUUUUUCCUUAAGAAUUGUCUUGCUUUGGCGGAAAACUCGAUUUUAGAUUUUGCUGGUUUGUUUAGUUACUGUAGCAGCGUUAAACGAUGUCUACAUUUCUUCAUCAAAGACAACAGCAGCAACUCUUGGCAGAUCCCUAUCCGAUUUCACCUCGUUCUCCAAGUGGUCACCAAAAAUCUUUCUCUCCUUUCGGCCGUACUGGUCUGCUCGCUUUGUUAUCUCUUAUGGUAGUUCUAGGAAUUUUUUUUCCAUGGAUGCAUAUGUCAGGAGGCCUUUCUUCAGGCAGUGAAGCAUCAAUUUCAAAAUGGCGGGACUACACGCUUGCAGAAGCAGUGUCUUUCGUGGGGAAGAAUGGAACCGUUAUAGUCUGUGCCGUGAGUCAACCUUAUCUUCCUUUUCUAAACAACUGGUUGAUUAGCAUCUCCAGGCAGAAGCAUCAGGAGAAGGUACUUGUCAUUGCUGAGGACUACGCCACUCUUUACAAGGUGAAUCAGAAGUGGCCCGGUCAUGCUGUACUUAUCCCCCCUGCACCCGAUGCUCAGACUGCCCAUAAAUUUGGUUCUCAGGGAUUCUUCAAUUUUACAUCCCGCAGACCUCGCCACCUGCUGCAGAUUUUGGAGCUUGGGUAUAAUGUUAUGUACAAUGAUGUUGAUAUGGUCUGGUUGGCAGAUCCAUUUCCCUAUCUUGCAGGGCAUCAUGAUGUUUAUUUCACAGAUGACAUGGCUGCAGUGAAACCUUUGAACCAUUCUUAUGAAUUGCCAUCUCCUGGGAAGAAAGGCCGUACUUACAUUUGCAGCUGUAUGAUUUUCAUGCACCCUACUAGUGGAGCCAAACAAGUUCUGAGAAAGUGGAUUGAAGAACUUCAAGAUCAGCCAUGGUCAAAAACAAAAAAGUCCAAUGAUCAACCAGCGUUCAACUGGGCUUUAAACAAAACUGCUGGGCAGGUUCAUUAAAUCUCUUGGAUGUUGAUGCCAAAGACAUGGUUUAACACUCCUAACCAGUUGAACAUGUGGAAGAAAUGGAAUGGCAAAAUAUUCCCAUGUAAAUAUGAUGUUUUGACCUACUGGGAUAACUUUUGCAUAAGGUACUCUCUGUGCAGCCCUUGAACAUCUCAUGGUUGGCUGUGCCUUCUGCAUAGAGCAUGUGUGGGGACUUAUGUGCUUACAUAGAUGUGUUUAGGCUCUUUGGAUGGCAAGAGUCCAAACAGCCAGGAAUUGCUGGAUUUUCAGUUUGAUAAUUUAGAGAUACUCAUAGGUUAAGGUGUCGGUAUUGGAUCAACCGUAACUGAUACUGAUACAAUACUGAUAUGUAUUGUUGGUAUCGGUAAAAAUGUGUUUUAUUUAUUUAUUUAUUUUUUUUAUUUUUUAUUUUAUUAUUAUUAUUAAAUCUUUGGAUGAUGCAGACCUAUAUGGUCAGAUACAUAUUGGUAUCACCAAUACAGGAACCGAUACCAUGAACCAAAACCCUGGAGAUACUGGGGUUUGUAGGAAUUUCAUUCCCAAUUCUUAUGCUCCAAUUUCUGCAACCAAUUGAAAUGAAGACCACUAGAGUUGUGGAGUUUGAAACUUCAAUUUUGAUAUGUUUGUAUUGGAAAUGUGAGCAACCUCCAUCACAUAAUUCAUGAGGUGAUC